AUGUCGUUCAAUACUCCCCAGCCGCCCUCGAACGGAUACACCAACGGCGGCCUCGACCAGAGUCCCAGCAUCAACGACCAGAUCCUAGCCCCUCCAGUCACCAUCCAGGCUCCUGAUUAUUCAGUCGACCAAGCUACCGCAGAGUCCGGGUUGCCUUCGAUCAAUCGCUUCUCAAAUAAUCUUUCUGUCCCAGCGACGGGUGAAUUCAACCCUGCCAUCCUGCCACCUCCGCCGAUGCUGAGAACUCCCCAGUGGGGGGACAGCGCCAAUGUGAAUGCCUCCUCUGUUCCCGACCCUGCUCUAAUCCCGCCCUCAGUACGACAUGCGAUGUCUCUGCCACCGUAUCCCUCACCUUCAGAAUCUGGGUUUGGCAGCCCGAACCUCGGCAAUGGCAUGAACAACUUCAAUGGUUAUUCCAUGCAAAUGCCCCCACCUAUGCACACAUCUAAUCCUAUGGCCUAUCAAGAAUCCAUCAAUUCGCCCUACAAUCCCAACAAGAGGAUGAAGUUGAGUCCGAGAACAGAUAGUUUCGGGAGGAAUGGCCCCAGCUAUCAACGAGCAGGAUCAUAUGGUCCGAAUGACACAGAAGAGGUCGGUCCGCGCGUUCAAUUCAACCCGCACACGCCCACUUUCUUUCCCUCAUAUAUUAGCAAUCCCUUGACACCAGCACCUUCGUCCACUUCUCAGACCCAGGACAACGAGGACAGACGAAUCUCCGUGAGUUCGCUCCUCUCUGAAGAUCCAGAGCCAGAUGAUCGCAGAGAUUCCAGACAAGACGAUCACAAUGGGAUUGCGGACGAACCGAUUCCUCGACGGGGCUCUUUACACCAGCGGAUGAUAUCAUACUCGGAAACGGAGACCUAUGGGCAAGACCGUGGUAAUGUGGACCUCGACAUUCCGCGGAACAACGAUACAAUGGCUAUAUCAGGCAUGUCACCAUCAGAACACAGCGACUUCGAGUCUUGGUUGAAUGACACAGAUCUGGGUGUACCCGAGUUUGGGUUUGGGCUGGUCAGCCGAGAGACCGUGUUUGCAAGCGGGGGAUAUUAUGCCUCGCCUGUGCCCAUCAAGAUCCCUCGAAAGCUGGAGCCAUUACCACGCACUCUGUCAGAGAAUCCGAUGAACCUAUUGUACUUCCAUCACUUCCUCAAUCACACAGCCAGGAUCCUUGUUCCGCACGAUUGUCCAGAGAACCCGUUCAAGACCAUCCUGCCAAAGAUGGCCGUUGAUAACCCGAACCUGCUGAAUCUGCUACUGGCGUACUCGGCGUGCCACCGGGCCAGGCUUUUGAAUCAUCCCGAGCCUGCGAACCGCAUAGCGCACUGGGUCCGGGACGUCUUCCCUUCCCUACGGCAGACUUUAGACAAUGUGUCAAAUACCGAGGUAUCGAACGCAAAUUUGGCGACGGCCAUCAUGCUUGCCUCGUUGGAAAUCAUCUCUCCUUCCAGUUUUGGUGUUUCCAUACCCUGGCAGAAUCAUCUCAGCAUUGCUCGGAGUAUUAUUCGCGCUCGCACAGGACCACACUCCAUUUCGCGCAAAGAUCCUGUCAUGUACUUUUUGACGAGGUGGCUAGCGUAUCUCGACGUGAUGGGUUCACUAUCUGGGAGGCGUAACGAGGAGCCUCUUUUUGCAGGCAACUAUUGGUCCAGCUCGCAUGAGGACAGCACAUCGGCCAAAGAGUUAUCCUUGACUGAUGACGACGGCGACGACGAAGACGACUAUACGAUAGACUGUCUUCUCGGAUUCACCACGCGAUGUGUGCAAAUCUUGGCUCAGGUGGCUGUUUUAGCGAGAGAAUGUGAAACAGCAGGCAGAAUCGACCCCGAUACAGGGCAAAUCAACGAGGACUGGAAGCCUUCCAUGGACAUACUCAAGAGGGCGGAGAAACUGCGCCAGGAUCUUGAAAAGGCUCGCAACCACGAACAAAUCCAGUGCGCACAUCACAGCCCUCAGAUGACCAAAGCAUCUCUCUGCGGAACGCACGGCACGCGUCGCAAUUCAGCUUACGCCGAAAUGUCGGAAAAGGAUGUCGAAGAAUCCCUGGCGACAAACUCGGCCUUUCACUGGGCUGGGCUGGUCCACCUCUUGCGACGAAUCCAUAAUCUGCCGCGUGACGACCAGGAGGUGCAGACGGCGGUCCAUGAAAUUGUCAAGAUCCUGCAGCAGAUCCGAGCUGGUGGAAGUGCUGAAGCAUGUUUGCUCUUUCCCAUAUUCACUGCUGGGGUCGAAGCAGAAGAUGCCUUGGAUCGCGCAGAAGUGUUGAGUCGGAUCAAAGGAGCCGAGGGACUUGGGAUGUGUCAAGUCAGCCGGGCUCGGCGGAUUAUGGAAGAAGUUUGGAGAACUGGAUACAGUUGGGAAUGCUUGGUAACCGGAGAGUUCUUCGGCUGA